AUGGGGUAUGAUUGUGUAAAUAAUAAUAUCUUUCUGUGGUUGACAUUUGAUUGGCUUGCUUUUGUUUUCGUCCUAGUGGUUCCCUUCAAGUGUAAAGAAGAUAUGUUACCCAACAAUGAGCAGGUCCAGCUAUGCCAAGAGGGAGCAGCGGUGGAGCCUGAAUAUGUUUCCUUUUGUGCACUAAUGAACACCAUCUUCAGCAUCCUGGACAAUGCCUGUGAGAACAAAGCCACCGUCGUUUCUCUGAAGAAUACGGCUGAGAGUGUUACCUCUGUGCUUAAGCAAACGUCCACGUGGUCCACCUUCACCAAAGAAGAAACGUCCACCCUGGCCAUAGUCUUACUGGAGACCGUGGAGAGCACCACGUUGGCAGCGUUCCUGAAAUCCUCAGAGAAUGUCAGUCAGUCUAUUCAGACGGAACGCCUAGAUAUUAAGACCCAAGUUAUCAACAAAGAAUGCGCUGAGGAGAACACCAUCUUUAACUUGAAAGCCAAAGGCGAUGAGAUGAAGAUUUGGUGCUCCACAAUUGAAGAAUCUGAAUCCACAGGGACCACUGGGGUGGCAUUUGUCUCCUUUGCGGGUAUGGAGUCUGUUUUGGAUGAGAGCUUCUUCCAAGACCCUCGGACCUUCUUGGGCAACUCCAAGAGGAAGCUGAAGAUGAAUUCUCGCAUCGCUGGGGGCAUCAUGACCGGGAAGAAGAAAGAUGGCUUCUCCGACCCAAUCAUCUACACUCUGGAGAACAUCAAGCCAAAGCAGAAGUCUGAGAGCCCCAACUGCGUUUCCUGGAGAAUGGAUGCAAAGGGUGGCAGGUGGACGCCAUCUGGCUGCGUGAUCCUUGAAGCUUCCGAGACGCAUACUGUCUGCAGCUGUAAUCGAAUGGCGAACCUGGCCAUCAUCAUGGCUUCUGGGGAGCUCACGGGUUAAAGCUCUUUCUUGCUUUCAAAUACACUAUGAAGCAACAUUUGAGGACAGCAGGUGCCGGCAGGAGCUGACGCUGAAAUCUUCUCUUCAUGGCUUAAUGUGGAAUUGCAGAUCUCACCAGCCCCAGGACUCUCUGGGUGAUUCAGAGCACUGAUGGGUGGGGCGUUCUUCCCACGUUCCAUGCGCUGGUGAGAAACAAGACUUUCUGUUCCAGAUUACCAUUUUAUCUUCUAUGUUCUGCAAGCCUUUGAAUUUCCAGAGUGUUGAGGAAAUAAUAGAUCCUAGUGCAAUGGCAUGACCAAGAACAUCUGGCUACCGUUUUGUUUUCUCCUAAGUUCU